AGCGCCACCUUACGGACCUUCCGACAACUCCGCACUUUCACAUCACAACGGUACAGCGCCCGCGCAGAACAUGGCGUUCUGAUUACGAAAAAAAAAAAAAAUAUUCAAGUGUCGAAAAAAAAUUAUAUAGUGAAGUGACAAAUUUUUCCGAACAAUUUUUUUUAUCGAUGAAUUCCAAAGUGCUGUGAAAAUGCUACAGCCGAGGUUAUUUUGUGAAGGAAAAAGCCGCAGGAUGCCUUUCAGGAGUUUAGUCGUGUUCGUCGCGUUAUUAUUAAGCUCGACACUAGUUACAUGUCAAGAAAUAAAUAACGAUGAACAAAUAGAAUCUUCAAGGAUAAAGAGGGAAGGAGUUCCCGAAAACAGGGACUUGACCGUCCUCCUUGUAAACCAGAAGAGGAAUGACUAUAACACGAAGAUCGGAAGGUACCACAGUGUCAAACCACUCAUCGGCCUACUGACAUCGACGGCGAGGACGUUCAUCCAAGAUGGUGUCACCACGGAGUACGCCACCCAGAUCCUGGGCACCACCUUAGAUAACGGCCGCAUUUACGCUCAGCUUCUAACGAAGUCUUCUCUAGUACUUUACAAUAAGCCGACCAAUGUAGAAGACCCUGUUAUUGUCAAACCAACCCGCAUACAUUCAGCUUUCGAUGGCGAAUGGAACGUCAAGCAAGAUUUAGGCUUCAUUGAUCCUGAAAAGUUCGUACUUAAAAACACUGACUAUCUGGCGCCUAGCAGUAAAAUGGAAAUAGUCUAUGCUAGCAAGCCAGCCCAAGAUAGUUUCAAAUUCUGGAGUCCUUCUGCUCCUGAAAGUCAGGCUGAAAAUCAAAUAUUUGAUGAACCCACGGGUCGUAGAGUACAACCUGUCAAAGAGAUCCCGCGAUAUGUACAAAAUGAAGCUUUAAAUUUCCUUGACGGUCCAUCUAUCGAUAGCGACAAAAAGUUUGAAUUUGUAGUAGAGCCAUCUAUUGUAGAAAAUGUAAAUACAUUCAAUAGACAAAGUAAAGCAUACGAACCGGUCACUGAACCAAUUAAAGAAGAACCUCGUCCUAAACCUGAGGUUUUAGACGAAGUCGAUGUAGUUAAAGUUAAACCUACUUACGAUUUACCGACGUUCACGAUUAAGAACGAAUUUUCACCGAUAUUCUAUUAUAUCGAUAAUGUUGAGUCUCGUCGACCUCAGCAGCAGGCGGCGCAGCAAUCGAAAAUACCUAAAAAGUUGUUUGGUCAAAAGAGUGAACCUAGACCAAAGAAGACUUUCACUUACGCGGGCUUUGCUGACUUCACUACUGUUGUUGGUGACACAGUUAUUAUAUUUAGUCCUAACACUGAAACAAGUCGACCCCAAAAUCCUGACGAAGUUAACGUUUUCCCAUCCGCUAAUCGCAUUGACAAAUUGUCCACUAAAAUAACUUUCCUGGCUGCUGAUAUUCCUGUCGCUACAUCCACUUACAAGGCUCAUGAAGCUAAGUCAGCAACCAGAAUUCCUGGACCUGCUGUAGUUGAUGAGAAUAGGUCCGACAAAGCUCUUUUCAAUGACGAGGAAAGUCUAAAAAAGGUUUUGUAUGAAGUUGAUGAUAAGAUACCCGAUGUUGUUAGUGUUCAAUAUAAUAACGGGUUUGAUUUAAAUGUUGAUGUCAUUCAACCCUCUGAAUCUCCCAUAACUACUACAGAAAGUACUCGUACCACUGACGAUUUGGGUGUCAUUCCAAUUAAUGAUUACUCUAACUCUGAGGCAACUGAGCCUUUGGCGACUUUAUCUCCAACAACAACGAUCUUGGAAGCGCCUAAAGAAUCGGCUGUAACUGAAAGUGACAUGUCUGAAUUAUUCACUAAUUCAGAAGAAGAGUCUGAGAACACUGCCGCUGAAAUAACAGAGAAACCUGAAGAAGAAGAGGAGGAGGAAGAAGAAGAUGUAACCACUGAAAUGCCAGACUUUAUGACUACUACAGAAAGUGGACACAGUGAAGAAUCUUCUGAAGAAAUGGAAACCACCACAGAAUCUAAAUUUACAAUCCCUGAAACACAAGAAGAUAGUAAUGAAGACGCAAUUGAUGAUACUCAAGAAGUAGUUUGCACUGAAGGUUUUGAAACUCAAUCUACAAUGACGACUGCCUAUAAAACGUUGACUUACUUGACGACUUAUUUCAUACCUCUUGAGAGCACAGAAACCACAACUUCGAUCAAGUCAGAUGUAGUGGUCGAGAGUAACACCGGUUUCUUGACCAAUGUUGUUUGUAGGACAAAUAUGAAUAUUGAACCUACAGCUGUCGUAAAUGUUGAUUAUUCUGUUGAAACUAAAUCCAAAAUUGUAGAAUCAGUUUCUGAGGAACCUGCUAAGCCUCCUGUAGAGCCCGAAAUAGUAACUGAAAGUCCAAAAACUACAACGCAACAACAAGAAAUACAAACAACAGUUCAAGAUGAACCAACAACGGGAACAGUUCAAAGUUCGGACGAAACUGAGGAAACAGUUGAAGAGAAAGAGCCCACUACAACACCUUCUACCACUACAACAACAGAAAGAAUUACAACAAGCCAGGGUCACGUUGAAGUGUCUGUGAGCACUGAACAAACGACUACAACUACCACUACGGAAAAGGCAACGACACCAGAAGAAGUAGAAGACUCAGAAAACGAGAUUGAUGUAAUUUACAAAACACUUUACACAACUUAUACUUACUUCACUACCUUCUUCGGUGACCAAACAUCGAGCGUUGCAAGCCACAAAUCUGUUGUCACUAACAUCAUUACAUCGACAAUCGAUCUUUCUAAAUUAGAUCCAUCUCUAUUAGGAGCAUUCAACGAGGAUGAGAUUGCACCAACCAGUGUGGGUAUAGGCAGACCUACAGAAAUAUUAGCUAUUAACAGUGCCAUCGAUCUUGUUAAGAAUAAAGACGUCCUUGAGUCCGUUGAAGUAGAUGAUAUUUAUAGCUCUCAGACACCUACACCAUCAUUAGGUGACGAUAUUAUUGCAAGCAUUAAACCCGACGCUGUAAAGACAUAUUACACCACUUACACAUUCUUCACGACUAUUUAUGUCGGCAGUGAUGCUAACAUUUGCAGCAGAAAUGAAGUCUACACAAAUUACGUUGGACCUGAUGAACUUAUUCCCACAAAGGCUAAUCCAUUAGCAAUGGAGAACACAAGAGCUCAAUUCGACUUCAGAAACUGCAAACAAAUUAAAAUGGAACAACCUCCUAACCAACAAGAAACUGCUUCCAUGGAAACCAGUGUUAGCAUGGAAGAAGAUAAAGUACAAUCUUCCGUAGAUUCCAAACCUGAGAGUACACCAGAUCCUAGUCCGAUUGAAGUGGACAUGUUGUUCAGUGUAGAGUCUAAUCCUUUGGAAUCCGAGAACUCUUACGUCACUGACAUUAAAUCUUCCUCUUCCAAAGGAGAAAGAAAAUUCCUUGAUAAUAACAACAUUAUUUUAGAUGAUCAGAUUAGCUCAGAAAGUAAUAUAGAUGAGAUCUUACCAUCACCUACUCUAUUACUGCAAACAAGUUAUACUACAUUUACUUAUUUCACAACAAUGUACAUUGGCAAGGAUUCUAGCAAGGUCAAGAGUCGCUUGGAGACAAUUACAAAUGUGGUCACAGAAACUAUCAUGCCUAACAAAGAACCUGAAGAAGAAAGUAACCUUCCAAUUACUUACUACACGACAUUUACUUAUUGGACUACUCUGUACAAAGACAAAUCUACAACCAUCACAAGUCGCGAAGAGAUCGUAUCUAAUGUGGUUACACCUGUGGCUCAAUCGGUUGCAACAAUCAGUCCUAUUGACACUACUCCUAUUGAUGUAGACACUAGCCUGCCACCUAAAGAUUUAGAGGUAGAACUAAAACCAUCUUUAGUCUCAGACAACCUUGAACCUGAUGAUGGCAAAGCCACAUUCUAUACCACGUACACAUAUUUCACCACCUUCUACGCUGGCAACACUUCCCAGGUUAGAAGCAGCUUAGAAACUGUUACAAAUAUUGUUGAUAACACAAAACUAGUUGAAGAUAAUCAGCUUGGUAGGAAAGUACCAGUCGGUGCAGCUGAUCAGAACUUGAUUCAAGAUAAUGGAGAGAAACCACACAUAGCUCCAACAGUAGUAAAAGAACAAAUCAUUCCCACAAAACUACCAGAUGCUUCUUCAGUUCCUGGUACGGUACUUCUAGGCACAUACAUUGAUAAUUUGUUUGCGGAAGUGAAACCAGCAGAUAAGCCAUCCACACCUGCUCCAGAAGGAGAAAAGAAGAUAUUAUUCUCUCAAGUGGCUGUUAUAUCUGGUGACUCAACUGUCGUUACUGCUGACAACAAAUCUUUGACUAUUGACACAAGUAGUUCAACAACUACAACAACUGAAAGCAAUAUUAUCAGUCCUACUCCGGAAGUAAUUGAGAGCUCUGUCGCUGAACCUGAGCCUACGACUGAAACUCCUAAUGAGUCUGAAGAGGAAGAAGAUGAUAGCACUAACACCAGAAAGAAGUCCCGUCUUACAUUCACACCUAAGAAACCAUCCACUACUCCUGUGAUCAUACCGUUUGCUUCAAGGAAUCGACCAACAUUUAUUCCUAAACGUGUUCCAUUGUCUAGUGGAGCCACAACUAUUACACGUGCAGACUUCACACCACCUGUUAUCACUGCUACACCAAGUUUGAAAUCAGUUAAAACAUCUGGAUUUGGUGGUAACAGAAAACAAUCAGCGUACCCUGGUUCAUCAAGCGCAGGAAAGAGGUUCCCCGGACGUGCUAGUGUCAAUAACCCAUCUGCUAAUGCACCGCAAGCAUCAAGACCAGGAGGUUUUGCUGUUAGAGGAAGCAUUCAACCUACUUCUAGACGAACUGGUUUCAGAUCCAGUUCAGGUCGCCCAAGCAGCUUGGAUUACAUUAACAGAUCCGCAGCACCAAGAGUGAGGCCCACUGCCUCAAGUAGGCUUCCUCCAGGUAGAGUUAGGCCAUCAGCCUCAAUAACAUUCUCACCAGAUCAGAAUGAUGAAACUUUGGCUACUCAACAGGAAGAAAACGCAACCGAAGCAUUAGAAGAGGUUUCUGAGGCUCCGGCUAGAACAACAAACAACCCUCUUCUCAGGUUUAGACGACCACCUGUUCCUAGACAACCUGGUACAGCUAUCACUCCUAGGUCAACCACUGCUUCAUCCAGAAGGGCAGUCACCCCUCGUGGUAGACUAACUACGACAACAAGGAGAUCAACAACCAGGACUACAUCUAGUCCACUUCUAUCGUUACGUAGAAAUAGACCAAAUGCGCUAUUUCCUAGAAGAAACUUAUUUAGACAACCAGAACCGGAACCUGAAGAAGAAAUUAAAGAGGACGAGCAAAAAGUAGAUGAGAGUGAAGAAAUCUUGGAAGAAGAAGAAUUUGAAGAAGACAACGAUUAUGACUCAUCUGAUAGGAAGGAACGUCAAGUAGCACAGCCACCUCCUGCUGUUGCUCCCAGGAGAAAUAUAGUACAAAUACGGCCAUUUGCUUUUAAACGGCGUUCAAAACGUCAAGCCGACUAUGGAAACAGGAAAUAUACAAACUUUAGAAGACCAGGCACAAAGACAACAACCACUCGACGACCUGAACCUGAAACUGAAGAGCCAACUACACAAAAAGUGAGACCUGGUAAUCGUUACAAUGGACGUUCGUCUAGCUCUGGAAGAACAACAACCGCUGUAGCUCCUAAAUCAAACGCACGCCAACCAUUCGUUGUCCGUGGAGAAACUAGGACUACUACUACCACUUCUGCUCCAGCAUACAGAAGAGGAAAGUCAUCUCGACCAUCAUCAAGAACAACUACUACUUCCUCCAGACCUAAGCCACCUAAGACUCCCAAGUCCCCUAGGUUAAACAAAAACUCGUCAGGCGCUAGAACGAGUACUUCUCGUAGUUCAGGAAGAAGCUCACGAACACGUACCACUACCAGCAGAGCCAACAGCAGGCAAAGGAGUUCCUUCGAAAACUUCAGCGGUGAACGCUUCAACGUGAAAAACAUUCUAAACGAUGGAAAGAUCACCAUCACACAUCAAAUACCAACCGAAGUAACAGUGCCAAUUGUGAAUGGAAAGAUUACUGAGUACAAAAACUUGUUAUCAGCAACACCUAGUCUAGAAACAUUACUGCUUAACCAAGUAUCAACUUCAUUCGGACCUUUAGGCAACCCACAACUGGUGCUCGCUGCUGAGUCUACCGAAUUAGCUGACAAUGGAGCCACUAAAAUAAUUAAAUACUUAUUACACGAAACUCCUACAACUACCGUAAUUUUCACACCUACUACUAUCAGAGGUCGUAAGACAUCCUUCUCCCACGUCCUUCCUAGUACUGUUUACAACGUAGAGCCAGUUACUCAGACAAUUGCACCAGAGAUUAACUCGAAUGUUCCUCUCGCUAAUCUUUUGCUUUCACAACUGUUGCUGGGCAACCAGCAACCGGCGAUCAACCCAUUCCUUGCUUUACAAGGACAGGGCUUGAUUCCCCAACAGCCAAUAGUACAAACUCCAGUAACUGAAUACAAAACUCGCACGACCACUUACGUGACCACUGUUACAGACGCUAGGGAGACAGUAUUACCUAUCACGUUCAGAGGCCAGGCCAUUCUGACAACAAUUGUUGACCCUACAACCAAUGUCAUUACAGCCACUGAAUUUAUCACUGAUACUGUAGUGACUACCCCUACCGUAGCUCAGGCUCCUCAACUCAACUCGUUACUACUUCCUCUACUUCUCCAACAACAGCAGCAACAACAACAACCCGCUCUGAACUUACAAACUGCCAAUCCCUUGCUAGGUUUAGGCCAAGCAGAUCUUGCUGCCUUAGGUGGCCUUAAUGGCUUUAAUAACUUAAACCUGUCACCAAAUUUGAACCACCAAAAUAAUUUGAACAAUGACAUUUACAGUAAUAGUCCAAAACCAAACAUACUGUCUGAUUUGAAUAGCAAUGAAGACUUUUCUGAUGAUACUGAGGUACAGGAUACUGAGGAAGACCUUCCACCGCCACCACCGGCUGCUCCAUCCCGUAGGAAGUCUCGUCCUAAGCCUGCUGCUGCAGCUGCCCCUGUAGGUCCUCCCAAACAGACCAGCGUAGUGACUUUAUACGUAUCAGGUAGACAUCCUGGUGAAUUUAGCACAGUACUGUCAACAGUUGUAGCAGACGACACACAGACAGUAAGAAAACGCGAAGCCAUAUAUUACGAUAAUGUUCAAGUGCUGCCAUCUUUACUGCCAACGAUUAGUGAACUUAGCGGGUCUUAUCUAGACAGUGGCAUUGUUUCAGAUACUGAGAAGUAUUUUAACAAUGCUUCGGUUGAGAAUCAAGUGGAGACACAAAGUCUAGAGAGUAUAGUGGGGGAGGUCAGUAAACACAUUAGGUAUGACGCGUCACCAACAUAUGUAGUGAGUGCAGCCAGCCCAUCCGCCACGAGGGACCUAAGGCAAAGUUCAAUUGACGAUAUACUUACAAAAAACUUACGAUAUAAGACACAAUCACACAACUCAUUCCUCCUACCUUCCACCCACAUCACAAAGACUCGACAAGAUGACCUGACAAAAGACCAGAAGACUGACAGACUGGACUGCAUCAGAAAAACGAAGAUCCCGAAGGUUCCCAAUGACGGAUGGUUCCAUACCCACAUCCUGCGACUUCCAAUUUUGGAGAAAUCAUUUAACACAAAUGGUAUUGUAUAUGAUAAUACGCCUUGGAGACCAGGGAGAGACAUGGAUUUAGAGGCAAAGGAACCUGAAGAGGAUGAGAGAAGAUUGAAAAAUCUAGCCACAAGGAUAAUGUCCAACGGAGUGGAAGUGUUGGUCAAGGAUAAAAAUGCUGAUGGAAAGCAAGAACAGACUAAAUACAUGGAAGUAAAGACCAUCCAACCUUCAGCAGCGACCAACAUGUACAUGAGCAGUUACCCAAAAAUUGAUAAGCGGAUUGAUAGUGCAGAAGAGGACAGCAACGGUUUCGACCUCAUCCAGCCUUCAGAAGUCAGUAAUCCACCUUGCACUAGUUCCUGCUCCUGUAGUAACACAAAGACAGAAGGACUGCAGACCAAAUACAGCAAUAUUAACUUUUCUGGAUCAUCGAGCAAAUAUGGAAUGAAAACAACGAAUUACGGUGCCACGAAAUUAGAUUUAAGACCAACAAAUAAAGAAUCUAUUGACAAGAAAACAAAGUAUGGACCUUAUGAAUACGAAACUAAUUCCCAUUUAGCCCCAACCGACAAAGUAGUUGAAAAAUAUACAGAAGUCAUCAACGAUUAUUCAGAUGAAAAAGAUUCGAAUUCAGUCGAAGAAAGUGAAUUGUUGACAAAUGAACAGGCACCAGCGCCACCAAAAACCAAUAAAGUAAAUACGAAAGUUCCAGAAAAAACGAAACCUGACAAACCACAAAAACCAAACAAAAAUAAGUUUGUUGUUGCUGAUCUUUUGAAAUUAGGCACUUUGGGAAUUAAAGGUCUGACGCAAUUAGCACCAGUUAUUGAGAAGAUGACAGGUGGUUUCAUAAAACGACAAGAUACACUCAAUAAAACCACAACUACGACUGUCAAGCCUGCUGUUAAGUUGACAGCUUACACUGCAAACAAAAGAGUAGACAGUGAUUUAGACGGCAAACAUAGUAACUUUCCAAUAUACAUUCCAGUAGAUGAAUUAGAAACUUCAGAAUCUCAACUUGUGUUUACCAAUGCGACAUUACAUCAGAACUUGGCGUGGGCAGCCGAACAUAAGCAGCCUAAAGCACACAUUGUCCCACCUAAAAUUGUGCACGAAAGCCCACUUGUCAACGGCGGUAUACCUAUUAGUCCAGGUGAAAUAAUAACGGCCAACUCAGACGUCAUUGUUGGGAAACCAGCCGUGGGUGGACCUUUAACCUUGGCCGCGAGUGGAAUUAAAUUGCAAAACUCGGUCAAUCCUCCGCCUAUUGAUAGCUUUAUUGCAGCGAACGAACAAUACUUCGUAAACGAGAAACCACUUGGUGAUCAACCGCCAAGUGAUGACUCUUAUGAUUUGAGGCCACCUGAGCUACCCAAACCAAAUUCGAAACCAAACAGGCCUAUGCCAAGACCAAUGCAGUCAUUUAAUAUUCAAAAUUCUGCUCCUAAUGACAAAUAUCCGUAUCGCAUGCCAGCGAGCAUACAUGAUCACUUAAUGAAAACUGAACAAAUUAAGACCAACGUACCUGUAUUGAGCAAUCAUGGUAGGCCAGCAUUUUUAGAUUACAUUCCAUCUUUGGCAAAACCUACUAAUGCUCCUAUUAAACAUCACACUGAUUUUAAACCUGUGAAUGAAGCUAAUGUUGAAUCUGUAGCUGACAACAGCCCAAGUUCUUCUGAGGUUGUGAACACACAAAUAAGAACGGAGAACAGUUUUACAGUGGCAGGAAAUGUGGAAUCUAAUAAGCCUUUCUUAGUUGACAUCCAACCUUCAAGAGUUGCGAACGUACUCAUUCCACAUGGCAGCUCUACAGCUUUAGUAUUUGCUGGAUCUUCUGAACCACAUAAAACUGGGGACUAUAUCGAUGAUCCUCUUCCAUACCCUGAACCUGGAUAUUUUGGCAGUUUUAGUAUAGAUGCACCACAAAUGACCAAUGUCCAUAAUGUACCAACUAACACUAAUAAACAGUAUGUUGGCAAACCGAAUGUUCAUGCACUUCUAGAUAGUCACAAACCCAAUUUGCCGUCUUACAAAGACCAAUCUCAUAGAAAUGACCUCAAAAUAAAAUGGAAAGAUAACAAACGCCCAAUUGACUACAAUAAGAUACCUCCUCCAACAAGCAACCAAGAAACUCACGUGCAAGUUGGGCCACAAAUAACUGUUUAUGAUCCAGAUGUAUACAAUCCUAAUAAUGGUGAUUUUGAUAAAUAUAACAAACAUAGAGGCAAAGAUAAACCAAAAGAUGGUAAAGAAGUAAUUGACAAAGAAUACGAAAAUUACUUAGCUGUUCCACCUCCACCGCAGCAGGUCCCUCAAAAACAAUAUUAUAAUCAAGAUAAUAUAUACGACAAAAGCAAACCUUAUAGUCAACGACCCAUCGUUCAUACCAAACCCGUGCAAGACAUGAAGGUAUUUUUGAAUAUUCAGCAUCCAGUACCUGAACAGUUACCACCUAAAGUUACUUCUGAAAUUUACUUCGCUGCACAGAUGCCGAACAGCAAGCCUUCUCCUACUUACACUAUCCGCAUUCCACCAGCGUCACCUAACUACAAUACUUUUAACCAACCUACAAAUAAUAUGCAACCCCCAAAAGUAAAUAACGUAGGACCGAUUCAAAAUUCAUUUUCAGUGAUAUCUUCUCCAAAUAUGGCGAACAAAUCUUUUGUGCCAACAGUCAGUGAAGAUAAGGAUAAUACUUAUACAGUUACCCUAAAUACAGCUACUAAUGUUGCCAGUAACAACGAGGCAGGACAAGUAAUUGGUUCCAGUGUAGCUGUGCCUGUCGGUACAUCGACUCAUGUUAGCCAGCUCAACACUGACAUACCUAUUGGAACCAACUUUGCAAUUAGAGUGGAAGAUAAUACUUCGCCUUUAGAAACUUACAAUUUACAAGGCAAUUCAAAUCAACCAACUGUUUUCAAUGAUAAUAGCCGCAUACCACAAGUUUCUGUAGGUGACAAUAGAUGGAACAAGAGUUCCACAGAUACAAUUCAUUCAACAAUUGUUGGAAAUAGCUACAAUAACCAAAACUAUGGUGAUAAAAAGACAAGCUAUGAAGAUAAAAAUCACUACACCAGCCAUAAUCAACAAAAUAUAAAUAAGAAUCAGAACUAUGCAAAUACAAACCAAAACCAGUACGUAAAUGUAAAUCAAAAUACAGAAAUUAAGAAUCAGAACUACAACAAGAACCAAAAUGAAGGAAACAUCAAUCAAAACUAUGCUAUCAUACCAACUUAUGAAAAUAAGCAACCGACAUAUGAAAACAAACCAUCGAGCUUCAAUGUCCAAAAUCAAAACUUUGGAAACGUAAACUAUGCAAACAAAAACCAAGAACAGGUUAACAAAAACUACGAAAAACCAAACCAAAGUUAUGGAAACCAGAAAAAACAGCCAAGCUUUGAAAACCAGUAUCAAAACUAUGGAGACAAAAAUAUACGAAAUCCUCUUAAUCCAUCUAUACCGCCUUCUCUUAAUAGUCACGCUAACUUCCCGAUGAUGAACGAUUACUCGACGCCUUCUACUGUUAACGAAAAUGUAAAACCAGUCACUGAAUACCCAGACAACGUAAAGUCUGGUGACAUCAAGAGACCAGCAAAAUUAAUUCCAAAUAUACCAACAAAUUCUCACGGUUGGUAUUCUAGCGUGUUAAAUGAAAACAAGAUUGUUAAUAACAUUAAAGUAGAAGCUACCACCAGAAAAAUUAUACCAUUGAUUCACGACUACAAUGAGAAGAAUAAUUCACCUCAGUUUGGAGAGAAAAUUACAAGUGCUGGUAAACCACCCACCGAAUUUUGGUCACAAAACGGACCAACAGUAACAGGUUUCAGUAUAGGAAAACCUUUUACUAAACCUCAAAUAACAGAGAAGCCAUUUUCUACUAACCCACCGUUUACAACUAAACCAUUUAAUAUUAAUUACAUUCCUUCCAAUUUGGGUGGAAUGAGACAGCCUGCUUACGACAUACCGAUUAGAGAUAACAGUGAUGAAACAACUACUGCUAAAAUUAAUCUAUCAACCGACAAAAUAAAGCCAGUAUAUGAAAAUUCAGAAGAAAUAUAUGACGGAGAAGAAGAACCAGAGAAUGCAGGAGAAAUUGAUGGAGAAGUCAGUUCAGAAUCCAUGAAAGUUCCUGUAGUAAGUGCUUCAAGCGAAAUAGACAGCAAUUCCAAAUCUUCUACAGAAAUAACCCUUCUACAAGACGAAGUAUUAAAUCCACCCAAGAACGAGGAGAAAGAUGAAAGCAACAAAAUCCUUGUCAACUUUAAUCCUGGUACACAAACCGAAAAGCCGUUUACUUCUUACAAUAGUACUGGCUUCCAAACUAAUACAAUAAAACCCAUUUAUGAAAACAAUCCAUACAAUAAACCCAGACCAUUUACAAUCAACACUGCCAUCGUCCUUGAUCAUCAGCUACAACAACCUCAUUGGCAGAUCAACCAUAUGAUGGAAAACACCACAAAUGCAUCCUACGAGGAUAACAUAGAUUUAAAUAUCGGAGAAGAAAUGGACAAACCAUCAAAAUUCAAGCCUCCCACAUCUUCAAACCCUCUCUAUGUUACAGAAUCUGAUGCAAAAUACAAGAGGCCACCACGACCAGUAUUUACCAAUCAGUUCAAUAACACGCGAGUGCAUAACGAAUCAAUUAUAACAUCUACAGUUCAUAUUCAAGAUAAAAAACCAUUGAUUGUGGAAAAAGCCACGGAAAAAACGACUUUACCGACGUUCACGUUAUCUAACUUAGAAUUAAAUCGUACUUCCAGUGAAAUCAUUGAUCUGUCACCGCCUCCGCCAACAAUGGACUAUAACUUUAAGCCGUCUACGAAUGAUGAAAUGAUUAUGGGUAUGAGUCCUCCUCCUCCAAGAACUCCUCCGGGUAUCAGGCUUCCUACUAGAGUUCCUUUGACUCCUCGUCCAGCAAUUCCUAUUAGAACUCCACCACCAUAUAGAACUAAGCCAUCAAGGCCUGUUCCACCUCGUGUGACUACUCAGAGACCAAUAAGGAAGCCAGUUGUAAAUAGGGAUGAGAUAUCAACUUACAGGCCUGCUUUCGAUAUAAUUAACAAUAUCAGACGACCAACUUAUAACCGUGAUCAACCAUCAUCACAGCUUUUGCCUCCUCCUAGAGAUAUUCCAUCUAGGGUUGUCAGUCCUAUAGAAGUACCAGCACCAACAGUUAGCAUUCCAGAUGUACCUAAAGUAGUCUUCCCAACUCCUAUCUCUUCUGGCUGGUUAACAUCUUCUGGCAUAGAUUUUUCAUCAAGCUUUAACUUUAACCCAACAUCAAUACAGUUCCCUGAUUCUCCAGAACCAUCCAAGAUUCCUGAUUCCACUGAAGUAUCGUCUUCCUUAGAAAACUCUUACUCAUAUGAAACUGAAUCAUCUUCUGAACGAGUUGAUGAUGAAGUUAGUUACGAGAAACCAGUUACAGAAGAUAGAGUAGUUGUUUCUAAAGAAUCAAGCACAGAGGCUAGUACUUCUACUACUACGACGACAACAACAACAGCUAAGGCUACGACAACCAGCACAGAAUCUAAUGAAUCUUCUUCUGAAACUAGUCAAGAAGAAACUUCAACUGACAAAAUGAAGGUUAUUCCACUUGGCAACAAGAAUAGGACUCGCAAACCUUAUCCAGUACGAAUCGAUGAAAAGAAAACAACUACUAGUAAAUAUAAGUUGCCUGCCAAACCAACAUCUAUUAUUAAACCAACUAGGACUUUAUCUAGACCUGAAGUCUUAUAUCCGACAAGGCACACUUCUAUUAGGAAGAUUGUACGACCAAUUACAAGGGUACCUCCUAUUAUACCAACUGGUAUUAUUGAAAGUUCAGAAACAUCAUUUGACGAAGAUUUCAUAAGACCAACAGAGGUCUUGAAGGACAACAUUCCACCUACAAUUGCUGAAUUAGAAGUAACAAAUCUGGUAGAAAGAGAACCUUCUAGUAUACCCAAUAGCAUACCGUCAAGCAUUCCUAAUAGCAUUCCUUCCAGCAUUCCAACUCCAAGUAUAGAAGAGAUCACAACUAUAAAACCAACUCACCACGCUGGUAACGAAAUCAAGAUAUCAGACGAGAUCAUACCAACCAAGACUGAAUUUAGAACAACUGUCAUCACCCUCACUAAGACACUAUCAGAGCCACCGAGAACCGUAUCAAGUAUUGGCUAUGUAAACCUAACACAUACGUUAACUGUCACACAUACUAAGACAAGUUUAGUCAGCCAAUCAGAAGGUGCUGUAACACAGACGUUGAUAUUAACAAACACACAAACAUCGACAAUCGUUGAUGUUGUAACAGAGGUGCACACACAAGUGCAACCUACAACGAUAAUAGAGACUGUAACCAAACACAUACCAAUACAGGUUCAACCAACACCAGUCCAAGAAAGCAUUCCAAAAACUAAAGUAUCCUUAGAUGAUAUAACGAUGUCCUCAGAAGAGAAUGAUAAUCUCAUUAUCAGAGAUUCUGAUACAACUGAUAAUAUCAUUCAGAAGAUUGAGAAUGAUAGUGAUCCAGAGAAUGAUAAUGAUACGUUCUUCGUUGUGAUGAAUAAAUCUCAGAAUGGAGGUCAAUCUCCACCAGUAACUACUGAUAUUGAGACAGGAGACUACGAUGUGACUAGGAAUGAGCAAGUUAAUAAUAAUGGAGUAUCACAAGUAUUGUUUGGAGAAAUUCUGUUGGCUGGUACACCAUUUUUGGAGACUACUAAUGUUAAUCCGAAUGGAGUACCAUACGGCAAGGAAUGUCAGCCAGAUUGCAAAGCCUCCAGAAAUGAGCGCUGCCAGCGUAUUGAUGGUCUCAUGAAAUGUGUAUGCAGACCUGGAUUUGCUAGAAUGUUCCCUGACAGGCCUUGCAAACCGACAUACACCUACUCCGUGAAACUGGCUCUGGGAUCUCAAGGCAACGAAAGAUUAGAAUUCCAUGACAAUCUAUCUGAUAACUCUAGCAAAGAGCACCAUGCUUUAGCAGUGGCUUCUCAUGAAGGUAUCAAUAGGAUGAUAAUGCAAUCAGACCUGAGGGAUGUUUACCAUGGAGUCCAUAUCAAUGGUUUCCAUCCUGUGGAAAUGAAGACUACGGGAGGAGACUUGUACCAGGGUGUGAUGAACGACUUCUAUGUACAGCUCUCGGAUAAUGCACAUGAGAGUAGACUCAAGGAAGUCAUCGAAAAGUAUCUGAGGAACAACAACUACAGCCUCGGAGGUACGGAGGUCCAUGCUGCUAGUGAGCUGAUGGAGAAACUGGAUGUCAGUGACUUCGACGAAUGUGUCAGUGGGCAGUUCCAUGACUGCUCCGAGCAUGCACAGUGCUUCAACCUGCGUGGUACCUACACUUGCAGCUGUCUUGAAGGUUAUGCGGAUCUCAGUGUCAAUGCGUUGUACCCUGGCAGGAUUUGUUCUGCUGAACCAGUGGGAUGUGAAAGGUGUAACUAUCACGGCGCUUGUUACUCGAGGGAUGACAGGAGAGUUUUAUGCGAGUGCUUCCAAUGGUACGCCGGUAGCUCCUGCCAGAUUAAUUUGAAGGUGGUCCUAAUAUCUCUGGUGGUGUGUGGUGCUCUCCUGACGGUGGUGCUGGCGGUGUGUGCUGUGAUGGCGUGUUCAAGACGCGCUCGCAGGGCACCCCAUCCACAACGCUCCAUCGUCGCUUGUAUACAGAGCAUGCCGAGCUUACAUCAGGGUGCAAUGCCAAAACAGAGAGCUGACAGACGAGCACUGAUUAGUGAACGAGGUGAAUCUGGAGAUAAUUCUAGCAUUCAGAAUGCGUCGCUGCCUUAUAUACCAGCGAAGAGAGCAUCAACAAGCGCUAAGAAGUGCGUGAUGUCAGACCCACCAGCACAUGAUCCUCCACCGCCACCAGCUCCCGCUGUCAUGAUCCCCAGAGCUAGGCUGCAUCCUCAUCAUGGAGACAGCCGUGAAAAUAUAGCCAGAAAGAGGAGUUUGGAGCUCAGCAGUGAAGCGAAACUAAUCAGUUAUUUGGAGUCCGGAGCGACUACCUCCAAUGAUGAGAUGAGAAGAAAACAUAGUUUGGAAUCUUCAUACAGUGCCAACAAAGAUAGACAUAACAAACAAGGAGCUCUAGUCUCAGCAGGAUUCAAGGUAUCAACGACAAUCCGACCAGAUGAGGCAGCAAUGAAAGAGGACAGAGAUGACCUCUCCUCUGUAACUAAAGGAGACUUAGAGGCUGAACUCGCAAGAUUUGAUACGCUAAGAAAAUCUUACAGCCAAGAAGAUCUAUCAGAAUGGACUGAUGCUGAAAGAAGAUUAGGUGAAUUGACUCUAUCAGAAGCUAGAUCUGUCGGUGGAACUCUACCGGCGAGUACAGGAAGAGCUGCAUCAUCAACACGUCUCACGCACCAGGAACACACGAUGGCUGAACGUGACCUUGGAUCCACCUUCCUCCUGCCACAUGUGCACCUCUACAAACCAGACCUAACCAGUGACGUGUCGGAAUUCGACUCUCUCUGAAAAAGUUCCAGACACAUUUGUAAACGAGUAUUACUUUUGCUAAUUGCAUUAUUAGUCUAACUUUAUUUACACCCCCUUUUAACUCAUAAAUAAAAAAAAAAUACUUAUAAAUUCUCGAGGAAUUUCAAAAAUCGUCGGGGAUAGUGCAAAUGCACGGAACUAGCAUUGGAUAGUUCCGCGUAUCUGACAAAUGUAACCAAUUCAAGAUUUCGCUGAAUAAUCCCGCAACAUCGUAAUUGGCUGCCACCGCCUUGAUUCGGGUUUAUUUCGACUCGAUUCUAAUAGUAUGAGAAAAUGAGCUUCAA